UGCUCAUAUACUCCUCUUUUUUUUUCCAGGAAUGAUUUAUUUUUUAAAAUGCUUUCAUCGGCUUCUUUUGAUAACAUUUCAACGACAAAGAUGAUGGGACAAUACAUUCUGGAAAGGAUGAAUGGUUUGAUCGGUUAUUAAGAUUUGACAUAUUUCACUUUUGUCCUAUUACUAAAAACCACCAUGUCAUCAAAAAAAACAUUUGAACCAACCAACCCACAAGAGCUACUUGCUCUUUGUGCAAAUCUUUUUGACCGAAGCGCCUCAGCCAUCCAAAUAAAAGUGAAUAACUACCUCCGGAAAAAAUGUGAAGCUCAAUUAGUGUUUCUUGUGCAACUCCUCAAAGAAAGGGAGGAAGCUGUUGUGCAAGUGAUUGGUGAUAGAGUGCUUGAAAAAGAGAUGAGAUUUCCAAUGACCAACAAUUGCUUACAUGCAGUUGUGCAGAGAAGAACAUCCCUUUCAGCAGAUGCUUGUGAUUUGGAUCCUGAGCUUCAUGCUAGUCUUCGCCAUGUGAUAAACCCUUUGCCGGAGCAGUUUUUGGUUGUGCCUAUUUGGCACCCAUCCGAAGACAAUAUCUGUGUUGUAGCAUGUUUGGUUGAUUAUCCACAGUAUGAAAACUCUGAAGAAUAUUGCUCUAAUGUUGUCACAGAAUGCUUUCGGUAUUGCAUUGGCACUGUACUCAACACUUUGGCUUAUGAGGGUGAAAUGCGUCUUAAAGUUCAGUGUCAAAACCUUUUGAUUAUAGCACGGAAGUUGGUGUCACAUUUAGGUGAAUUCACCGACCUAUGCCGUGAAAUUAUGCUUGAGGCUAAAAAGUUGACUUUAGCCGAAAGGUGUUCAAUAUUUUUACUAGACCAAGAAAGCCAGGAGCUUGUCGCCAAAGUCUUUGAUGGUGUACCUGCAGCAGAGGAAGUAAGAAUUGCUAAGGAUAAAGGUAUUGCUGGACAUGUAAUGUCAACAGGACAGGUAUUAAAUAUACGCAAUGCCUAUGAGCAUCCUUUGUUUUACAAAGGUGUUGAUGAGGCAACAGGAUUUAAAACAAGAUGCAUUUUAAGUUUCCCUAUUCGGGAUGAAAGUGGUAUUAUUGGUGUUGCUCAACUUUGUAACAAAAUCGGUGGUCUGUACUUUGAUGUUUAUGAUGAGGAGGCUGCUAUAGCUUUUAGCAUCUACUGCGGAAUUAGUAUCAUGCAUAGCUUGGUUUACAAAAAGAUACAAGAUGCACAGGCCCGAAGUAAACUAGCAAAUGAAAUGAUGAUAUACCACAUGAAGGUUCACCCUGAUGAUGUCACAAAAAUUCUUAACUGUGGACUAGGGCAUGAUUUAAUGCCAGAAAUCGACCUAUUUUAUUUUUCACCCCGCAAAGUUGAGGAAUCAGAGUGCAUUUGUUACUGCUUGAUGAUGUUUGAUGAUCUUGGCAUGGUUCAACAGUGGCAGUUGAAAAAGGAUACUCUUGCAAGAUUUCUACUCUUUGUCAAGAAAGGCUACCGUGACGCACCAUAUCAUAACUGGUAUCAUGCUUUCUCAGUCUUUCAUUUUUCCUAUCUUGUUAUAAAAAAUCUUCGCCUUGUUGAAAAGGGUUAUAUUUCUUCAUUAGAAGCUUUGGCCUUGAUGGUAUCUUGUCUUUGCCAUGAUUUGGACCAUAGAGGCACAACUAACUCUUUUCAGAUGCAAUCAGGCACUGAGCUAGCAAGCUUAUAUAGUUCGGAGGGUUCCGUAAUGGAGCGUCAUCACUUGGCACAAGCCUUGUGCAUUCUGAAUACUGAUGGAUGCAAUAUAUUUGAUGGACUUACCAGUGAACAGUACAGCCGCUGCUUGGAUUUGAUUCGAGACCUAAUAUUAGCAACAGACUUGGCUCAUCAUAUACGGCUGGUCCAAGACCAGGAGAAAAUGGCAACUGAGGGAUUUGAUUUUAGCAAUAAUCAACACAAGCAACUUCUCCUCUUUCUCCUCAUGACCUGUUCUGACUUAAGUGACCAAACCAAAGAUUGGAAAUUAUCAAGGACGACUGCCGAUUUGGUAUACCAAGAGUUCUUUUCUCAAGGGGACCUAGAAAAAGCAAUGGGCAAUGCACCUUUAGAAAUGAUGGAUCGAGAGAAAGCAAGAAUUCCUGAUCUGCAGAUUCAGUUUCUCUCUCAUAUUGUAUGUCCUGUUUUCAAAAUUCUUGCACAACUCUUUCCUGAGGCAGACUGCCUGCUUCAAUCUACAUUAAAAAACCGACAUUGCUGGGAGCAGGCAUCAGCAUUCUUUGCAAGGAGGUGGGAGAGUGGACAUUCGUCACUUGACAUUUUAAGAGAUCUAGAGUUGGAGAGCUUCACAGAUUCAUUGCCUCAUUGAAGAUUUCAUUGACAUUUAGUGAUCACAUUUUUCUAAGAAAACAUUUCUUUGGAUACUUGUCAAGUUUUCAUUCUAUAACAUUACAGUCAUCAGUGUUCAUCAUGUUCACUGCCUGUUUACCAUUAAUUGGCAUAUGUUACUCUAGUUCAACUUUUCAGAAAUGCGUGGUAUGUUCAUUGAAUUCUGGAAAAAGAAAAUCCUAGGGUUGUGUCCAUAUCAAUGCACUGCUGUGUGUGCUAUCUUUUCUGUGAUCAUAUUUAUGCUGAGUAGGCUACUUAUUUCUGAUCUGAUUGGUUUAUCAAACUUACACCCUGUAACUACAUUCCUUGCAUUGAUUCUAAUUUACAACCUGUUUUUAUUUUGUCCAAUGUUCAGUGAUCCGUGUGGAUGAAUACAUUUUUCUUGUUUUUUCUGUCUUGAAUAAUUUUGUAAAUUUAAUGUUGAACAAGGCCGUAUUAUUACCCUUAACAGUAUUUUAGAUGAGUUCUUCUCAUUGGAAAACAUGCUGCUGUUAAGACUAGUAUCUGCAUGAAAAUAUUUCUUAUGGUAUUUAUUUCUACUACAAACAGUUCAAUUCUAGCUAGUUCCUUCCUAUUCUACAACAAUUUAUGAAGCUCCUAGUGUAUGCCUUCUUUACUUUGUAACUCAUUUGCAAAUGAGAAUUAAUUUUGGAAUAUUAUGGUAAUGCAGGCUUGAGUAAUGCUGGUCUGGCUGUUGAUUAAUUAGAUUAAAGUGAUGAAAUAAUCCAGUAGAUUGCUAGUGUCAUUUACAAUGUAGACAACCUCAGUACAUUGUUAAUUUAAAUGUAAAGCCUCUCUUGGCUGUGAAAUGUUUUGUGAUAUGAUGUUGAUUGUUGUGUUUGUUUUCUUUAGAUUGUGCCAUUUUUCUUCUAGUUAAGUGUUCUUUAAAUGUAUGUGUCAUGCACUGUUUGGCCUAUAGUUGCCACAAUAAACAUCCUAUGAGGUACUUCUUUAGGAUUUUUGGCAAAUGUAAAAAACUUGGAAAACUUGGGAGGGAAAAAUGAAGGGGGGGGGGGGGGUCUCUUCAUGUUCUCUUAGAUGUUCUAACAAUGCAUAAAACAUAUGCACUGAAAUGCAUGUGACAUUAAACAUAGGAACAAUGUAGCAUGUGCCAAGCAAUCUUAUAAACACAAAUUUGUAACCCAGUAAUGGUUUAUCUUGAUGCUCAAACUAAACGCUCGCAAGCGAAUUUGGAAAGAUUUUUUGGCUCAUGCUCUUUUUGUUUCUCUGUCCGAUAUCAUAUACAUUUCAGUGCAUAUGUUUAAUGGAUUAGGAACAACUGGUGCUAAAACCAAUUACAAAUAAUUUUUUGAGAUUUUGCAGUUGGGUAUACAAAAUGUGUAGCCAAUACUGUAUUUCACCACAAAUGUUGUCUAGUCUAGAUUUUUUUCUUGUGCUGUUUAAGUGAAGUGUGUUACACACAAUUUACUUUGCGCUACCUAAAUAUUUUCAAGGUGCCUUUAUUACUUAAAUUUGUUUACAGGUCUAUUAAGAACUUUGUAGAUCCGGUAUUAUUUUUUUCUGUGACUACAUCUCAAAAAGAUGUUUGCAAAGUGUUUUGUGUAAAAGUUGCUAGAUUCAGUAAAAUUGUCAAGCUUUUAGAAAUCAAUGUUAUAAGCCUUUAGUACGUUUUCAUUCAAUAAUGCCUCUCACUCUCAGUGUGUUGGUAUUUAUCUACAUUCAAAUGUCUAUCUUCUUUACAAAUCUAAAGCCUAAAUCUACCUGCUGUUAAAGCUUAGAUGUAUGACCUACUUUAUUUCCUACAUUUUUGUUUCUCUAGUUGACAGCAAAUGAGGUUCUUCUUGUAUAUUGUCUUACUCAUAGUUGUUCGGCGGUUUAUUUUGUGACAAUGCUUUGCUCUAAGGCUGACCUUAAUUCCAAAAAAGAAAGUGGUUUCAUUGUUUUUUACAGUGUAUGUUAUUGUUAUAUCAACUCUACAAGUUUAAGAAAUUCUGAAGUAGCUUGAGAAAGUCAGUAGUUAGGAGAGUUUCAACAUAUCACAGCUUGUUUUGUCUGUGCACAAGAUUUAGAAAUAGUAAUGCGAUUUGUAAAUGUCUGUAUGUAGAUGAAACUUGUGUGAAAACACCAAGUCAAAACUAAGUCAAAACAUUGUGUGCAUUUUAAAUUGCUAUCUUGAUCAAAAUGCCUAUAGUUAAAACUUGGAAGCCCCAUGCUUCUUGAUGUUAACGGAUUCCAUAUGCCAAAGACUUAAUUUCAGGCCUAUUGUAAUGAUAGCUACAGAAAAUGAGCUUGUUCAUUUGAUGGACCUAAAAAAAUUGGAUCCUUCUGUCUUAAAUUGACUUUUAUUUUAUUAAGGUUUAUUAUGUUAAGGUUUCCAAUCACUUUCUUACAGAAGUUGGAGCACAUAUUUGUGCUUCUUGCAAGGCCUAGUUCAUUCAAUUUGCUCAAUUUGUGUUUAGAAGAACAGUAUUUAUGUUCUUUGUUACUCCAUGACGGUUUGUGGACAUGAGUGUUUUUCCUACACAGUACUCAUCAUUGUGCCUGCUGAUAUAAAUGUGACUUUUACUUUUGGUCAUUUACCGUACUGUUCUUGUUGUUCAAAGAAAAUCAUCAAUUUUGUUAAUUCUGAUAUUUUGGUCCCAACAUUUGUUCUAUUUAUCUAUAUAUUUGUAUUUAUGUAUUUGUUAUCUAUUUUCAUGUUUCUUUGUUCUGCCUUUGACAUGAGUUUCAACAGCUUGGAGUUGAGUCAUCAGUUUCAUUCUUGAAAAUACUAUGUUGCAACAUUGUUGUCAUUGGACACGCUUUGCUUUUGUUUUGCCAUCAAUGCUCUUCAAUUUUUUUUCCAAGCUGUAUAAUAUUGCUGAGGCUGCUGAUCACAUAUCAUUGGAAGACUGGUAAACACAUCGUUUAAUUAAUAUGACACAGAGCAAAUCAAAUAACCUUUAAAAGAUUCCCAGAUCAUUCAUUAUUAACAUCAAUUCAUCAGGGCAAUAGUUGAAAUUAAACUUGCUGUUCUUGCCACUUUCAAACAAAAUCACCAAUUAAUUUGUUUUGUUAAGAUUAAUUGCAAGGUUAAGUCACCUGUGUUUUCUUCUCUAGUAUGUAGGAGGUUCAAAGCUUAAAGUAAUGACAAUCAUGCUUGUAUCUUUUGGGCUGAUUUAAAAAAAAAAAAUAUUGCUAAACUGCAACUUAAGUAAACUGUAAGUUUAAAGAAUCUGGUUCUUACGAUGAAUUAUUUCUAAAACUGAAAUCAAGUAUAGCUCUGCUAAGAAUGAAAUUCUUAGCUGGUCUAAGAUGAGAUAGAAUGUAUGCUUAAUGAGCAGAUUGACCUAAAGCAAUACAAUUUGUGAUGGAAGUGUGUUGUCCAGUGUAACACUUUGCUCAAAUUGGCUAAUGGUAUGAUUACCAACUCUUUUGAGUUUGUUUGUGACAUGACUUUGAUUGCCAUCACAGAUCAAUAAAUAAAAUAAAUAAAUUUUAAAACAA